AAAGCUAUGGAACCAUUAAUUAAGUAUGAAAGUUGUGAUGAUUUUUAUGAAGCAUCAUCACAAAAUCCUGCCGAAGAAAAUCAAACUGAAAAUAGAAUAAAUAAUGGAAAACGAGAUUUUGAGGAAAUACAACAUAGACUUCCAAGUGGGCAAUGUCAGCAAGAACAAAGGCAUUUAGGUACUAUGUCUUCAACUAUACCUAAUGAUUUUGAUUUGUUUGCCAUACACCAACCGCAAAUACCUGUGCUAGAAUAUCCGAGCAAUACAAAUGAUGCCACUCCUCCACCAAAAAAAUAUAGACGCGGAGAAGGUAAUAUCUUAUUCAAUGCUCCUUUUUUUCAACUGUUGGAUGAUUUACAUUUGGUAGCACAUAAAGGACCGAUAAGUGCUCGUUGCUACAGUUGUGGCAUUGUGGUGAAAGGUAGCAAAAACGUUUCCUCAAAUUUUAUCAAACAUAUGAAACGAGCUCAUCCUGAAAUAAAUAAAAUGUACGACACUUACAAAAUACACCGCAUAAGAACUGGAGUGAUUCCAACUCUACUUGGCGGCAAUCAAACAAAAAAAAUUUCCUUACCAAAAGCAGCAGUAUCGAAUAAUGGCGAUUUAUUAGAAAAUCAUUCAUCGGCUUUUGAUGCUUCAAUAUUUCUGGAAGCGUCUGAAAUUCAAGAGGAGGAGGGAAAUUCUGAAAUUUCUGAACCUGACGCAGAGACUAUGCCCAAUUCUUCGGAAAAUGGCGAACUAUAUGACAGUUCUAAAGAAUCGGUACCUCAAAAAUUGGCAUCAUUUACACAACCACACUCGGCGAGUUCUGCUGACGACGGCAGCAUAAAGGAAAGAGAGACGAACGCAAUAGAUUUAUCGCAGAAAACCUUGUAUUUAAUUGGUGAAAUGAUGAAUGAAAAACUGAAGGAGUUCGUGACCCAAAAUGAAUUUAAGAAUUUAUCUAAAGUCGUGGAAGAAGCAAUGGGAAAAAAGCAGACACCCACUGCGGACUUUAAUCUCGCGUCUAUCACCGAAUUGAGAAAAGAAAUUGAUUUGUUAAAAAGUGAAAGUAAAUCGUUAAAUUUAUUAGUGAAACAACUACAAGCCAGCAAAUAUAAAAUGAAUUGUGAACUUUACACAAUGGAACGUUCAUUGAAUCAACGUAAGAUCCUGAUUAAGAAUUUAAGAAUUUUAGAUACUUCGCAACCACAACAAGCUGUAGAAACUUUAUUACAACAAAGAUUAGGUUUGGAAGGAAUUCCCUUACUUAAUGUCACAGUAUUACCUUCCACUUCCAAAACCAACAUAUCUAAUACAGCUAAAGAGACAGUUUUAUUGGAAUUAAAACAUGAACAGGAUUCUAGCAAGAUUUUCGCUCAAUCAUAUAAAUUGAAAAAUUCCGGCAUAUUUAUUGAACCAGAAUUAUCGCUAUUUCAACGUAAACGGAGAGAGAAACUUUUGGUUUUAAGGAAAGAAUUACUGCGUCGUAAACCCGAUUUAAAAGUAACGAUACGCAACGCCACUUUACUGGUGAAUGGACAAAAUUUUUAUUGGUGCGAUAUUCAAGGUUUAUGUCAUGCUACAAAUCAUACGGAAACUUUGCAAAUAAAUGCAACAGAGUACUUAAAAUCGUUAACCGGCAUAGAUUUAAACGAAUUCAUAACUAUUUUGCAAAAUUACGAUGUACAGAUGAGAUGACCGUUUGUCGUGGAACU